AUGAGCCUCGACCUGGGGGCCAUGGUCGACGACGGCUUCCUGGCCCAGCACCAGGCCAUCCGCGACCGGCUGCUGGACGGCGGAUCCAUGGCCCCCGAUCACGCAGGCAAGUUUCCUCGCCCUGCUGGGAUUCUACUGCUGCCGUCCUUGUCGUCCUCUCUGACGCUGGCUGACUACCAGACGAUCUUUGACAUCAAUACCCCCAAGGCCAUGUUGGCACGCGGGGUGGAUAAACCCGCAUGGAUGCAGCGGCCCCUGUUCGGCUUCUUCCACCGCGUCCCAUCAUCAUCGACCAACCACCACCACCAGCACUCCUCCACGAACGGCGGCCCACGCGACUUCCAGGCUGUGCAAUGCCAGGCCGCCUCCUUGGGCGAGGUGACCCAGAUCAUCGCCCGCGCCCUCAUCGUCAGCUGCAGGGUCGGUUCGCUCCUCGCAGUGGAGGUUCGGGGCUGGUUAGCCAGGGUCUUGCAGGCUGAGGUCUCGACGUUCGAGAUCCUAGGCAGCAUAGGCUUUGACCGCGUGGGCCGGUUGGUGGUCAUUCGGAGCCUGUUGAAGAAGGGGUGGGUUGGAUAG